GUUCCAAAAAGCAAAAUGUUGACAGUACGUAGCGGUCUAUCUAUAAUUCAAGCGCAAAAAAUGGCUCUCUCUGUCCGCUGUCCGCUGCGUUGGCAGACCACAGCAGCUGUAGCAGAGCCCAGAAAUGAUGAAGAGUGGCUACAAGCUCGUCCCUUUGAGCAGAUUCCUAGUACAACUUUUCUGUCGACUGUGCGGAAUUUUAUGCCUGGAGGAAAAUAUAGCAAACUGGACAUGGCGGAAUUGUUCAUGGCCUUCCGCGGCGACUAUGGAGACAUAUUCUAUUUACCAGGUAUCCUGGGAGGUACGUCAUUCCUGAUAACUAACAAUCCCAAGGACUUCGAGGUCGUGUUCCGGAACGAGGGCGUAUGGCCCAAUCGACCUGGCAGCGACACUCUUAGCUAUCAUCGGCAGACUCAUGGAAAGGAUUUCUUCCAGGGAGUAGAGGGAGUUGUACCUACACAAGGAAAAACCUGGGGCGACUUUCGAUCGGCUGUAAAUCCUGUCCUCAUGCAGCCGAAGAACGUGCGGCUUUACUAUAAGAAGAUGUCCCAAGUGAACCAGGAGUUUGUGCAACGUAUUAAAACAAUCCGUGACGUCGACACCCAGGAAGUUCCUGAUGAUUUCAUAAGCAUUAUAAACCGGUGGACCCUCGAAUCAGUCUCUGUGGUGGCUCUGGACAAGCAGUUGGGACUGCUCAAAGAGUCGGGCGAUAACGGCCAGGCUGUGUUACUUUUCAAGUACCUGGACGAUUUUUUCGAUCUAUCAGCCGAUCUGGAGUUGAAGCCCUCUGCCUGGCGUUACUUUAAAACACCCAAGCUAAUGAAGCUAAUGAAGGUCCUAGAUGGCCUUCAAGAAAUAACUUCAGCGUAUGUAGAUGAAGCUAUAGAGCGUCUAGAGAAGGAGGCCAAGGAAGGAGUUGUCCGUCCUGAGAACGAGCAGAGUGUACUGGAAAAGCUGCUCAAGGUCGACAAGAAGGUGGCGACGGUUAUGGCCAUGGACAUGCUAAUGGCCGGAGUGGAUACCACCUCAAGUACAUUUACAGCGGCCUUGCUGUGCCUUGCCAAGAAUCCAGAGAAGCAGGCUUUACUCCGAGAGGAGGUGAUGAAGGUUCUACCCGAGAAGGACUCCGAGUUCACUGAGGCAUCGAUGAAGAACGUUCCCUAUCUACGUGCCUGCAUCAAGGAGUCACAACGGAUUUAUCCUCUGGCCCUUGGCAAUGGCCGAGUUCUCAAUCGGGACAGCGUUUUGAGCGGAUACCAAGUGCCAGCUGGUACCUGUGUGUCAAUGGUUCCCCUGAGCUUGCUAUCAAGCGAGGAGCACUUCCCCAAGGCUGCUGAGUUCCUGCCAGAACGUUGGAUUCGUAACGCCACAGACUCCACCGGGCAAUGCCCGGCAAAUGACUUGAAGCUGAAGAAUCCAUUCGUGUUCUUGCCCUUCGGAUUUGGACCCCGGAUGUGCGUGGGAAAGCGCAUCGUGGACAUGGAGCUAGAGCUGGGCAUCGCUCGACUCAUUCGGAACUUCAGCAUCGAGUUCAAUCAUCCCACGGAGAAAGCUUUCCGCUCCUCCCUGAUCAGUUUGCCCAACAUACCGCUUAAGUUUAAGUUCACCGACUUGCCCAAUUGAUGCAUUCUUUGUAAACCCUGUUCUAAAAGAGUACAGGAUUAAACUAGAUUCGUGUACAUGUAACUGUGUAAAUAAACGUAUAAACAGUU